UCUGCUUCGACUCUCAACAUACACUUGACCACAGAGAGACAGAGUGAAAGAAAUAAGAACUUGCAAAGAAAAAAAUGGCUACUCUUAAGGUUUCUUCUUCUGUUCCUUCUCCAUCUGAAGAUGCUGAGCAAUUGAAAACCGCCUUUGAUGGAUGGGGAACUAACGAGGACUUGAUCAUAUCAAUUUUGGCUCACAGAAGCGCUGAACAGAGGAAGGUUAUCAGGCAAACAUACCAUGAAACCUUUGGAGAAGACCUUCUCAAGACUCUUGACAAAGAAUUCUCUAACGACUUUGAGAGAGCCAUCUUGCUCUGGACUCUUGAACCCGGUGAGCGUGAUGCCUUAUUGGCUAAUGAAGCCACCAAAAGAUAGACUUCAAGCAACCAAGUGCUGAUGGAAGUAGCCUGCACAAGGAGCUCAACGCAGCUGCUUCACGCUAGGCAAGCUUACCAUGCUCGUUACAAGAAGGCGCUUGAAGAGGAUGUCGCUCACCACACCACCGGUGACUUCAGAAAACUUUUGGUUCCUCUUGUUACCUCAUACAGGUACGAAGGGGACGAGGUGAACAUCAAGGACAAGCAUUACAAUGAUGAGGAAAUCAUUAGGAUUUUGUCUACAAGAAGCAAAGCACAAAUCAAUGCUACUUUCAACCGAUACCAAGAUGACCAUGGCGAGGAAAUCCUCAAGAGCCUUGAGGAAGGAGAUGAGGAUGACAAGUUCCUUGGACUGUUGAGGUCAACGAUUCAAUGCUUGACAAGACCAGAGCUUUACUUUGUAGAUGUUCUUCGUUCAGCAAUCAACAAAACCGGAACAGACGAAGGAGCUCUCACUAGAAUUGUGACCACAAGAGCUGAGAUUGACUUGAAGGUCAUAGGAGAAGAGUAUCAGCGCAGAAACAGCAUUCCUUUGGAGAAAGCCAUCACCAAAGACACUCGUGGAGAUUACGAGAAGAUGCUCGUUGCACUUCUCGGUGAAGAUGAUGCUUAAACAAAAGCUUCUGUUUUAUCUUAUAUCUCUCUCUCUCUCUCUUGAAACCGUUUGAUUUUGUUCUUCAAAAACUUUGUUUGUUGUUUCUGUUGUGUGUUGCCAAAUAAUGCAAAAGAGAGACAGAGAGAGAACCAGUGUGGUUUCUUAAGUUAUAUAUAUAAUGGAAUGGCUUCAAAAGUUGUUGUCACUACAAAAAACAAGAAA